UUUGUCAUUUUAGUCGGAGAUCUCUACUGAUAGACAUCGCCGGUGUAAACAUUCAAAUCAAUACCGCAAAUAGAAAAUGGUGUUCCACUUGAUGAUCGUGGGCCUGUGUCUUGUCUCCAUGGCAACAAACAUUUAUUGUGGUCGUAGGGAUGCCAAAAAACCGCCCCCCACAGCAAUGGAAAUAGGAACAUUGCUUUACAAUAUCAUUGACUCCAACAAAGACGGAAUGAUCGGCAAACUGGAAUGGGCCGCAUUUUUGGAUGCCGCUGACACCGACCAUAAUGAUGAAGUCACGGCAAGUGAAUAUGUGAGAUAUUUCAUGAAAGCCAGUUCUGUUCUAAAAAUAACGUGGAUCCAUGCGCUCUUCCAACUGGGUGAUUUCAGUAACGAUGGGGUUUUAACCAUGGCUGAUAUAGACCAGAUAGUCUCACUGGAUAUCGAUGGUGAUGGAUUCGUAAGCGACGAGGAAUGUAUUGAAGCAUGUGCAAUGAUUUUGAAAAAGUACGACCCUGAACUGGAGUAAAAAGCUACCCACA